UCAAACUGACCAAGCCUCCUUUCUCCGGCCACCUGGAAGAGCCCAGAAUCUUCCACUGUGUGAUGCUGUGGCUCCUGUUGCUGUGUCUGCUCUGGGCAGGGUCCCUGGUUGAGACGGCGGAUUAUGAGCUCAUGGUGACCAGUCCAGUAACAGUACAGGAGGGUCUGUGCAUCUAUGUGUCCUGCCAAGCCCGUUUCCCCGCUUACAGUAGUCCUAUCUUUGGCUACUGGUUCCGGGAGAAGGCCGAUAUAAGCGGCGACUCUCCAGUGGCUGCAAAUGACCCAAAUCGACCAGUUCAGAAGGAAGCGCAAGGUCGAUUCCAUCUCAUGGGGGGCCGAGAUCCCCAUAACUGCUCCCUGGAGAUCAGAGACGUGAAGAGAAGUGACACAGGGAAGUACUUCUUCAGGGUGGAUGACGGUGACAAAGUGAAGUGGAGUUUUAAGGAUCCGAAGAAUUUGCUCUCUGUGACUGUGACAGCUCUGACUGAGACCCCUAACUUCCAAAUUAUGCCUACCCUGGUGUCUGGCACUUCCACCCAACUGAUCUGUUCUCUGCCCUGGGCUUGUGAGAGGGGAACAUCCCCCAUCUUCUCCUGGAUGGCAUCUGCCCUCACCUCCCUGGGCCCUGGGACCACCCUCUCCUCAGAGUUGACGCUCACACCCCAGCCCCAGGACCACGGCACUAACAUCACCUGUCAGGUGACCUUCCCUGGUGUUGGUGUCACUGUGGAGAGGACUGAACAACUCAAUGUCACCUAUGCUCCACAGAAGCUGACCAUCAGGGUGUCCCGGGGAGAGAACACAGAACCUGAAACCCUGCACAGUGGCUCAUCUCUGCAUAUCCAAGAGGGUGAGUCCCUGCGCCUGGUCUGUGCUGCGGACAGCAACCCCCCUGCCAUGCUGAACUGGGAGCAACAGACCCAGAAGCACAUCCAGCUCUCCAAUGAGGAACUACAGCUGCCGAGGGUGGAGUUGGAGGACCAUGGAAAAUAUAUCUGUCGAGCUCAGAACAGUCUAGGCGCUCAGGUGGCCUCUCUGAGCCUCAUCGUAAGGAGCCUUCUACAGCUGCUGGCACCCUCCUGCUCCUGGGAAGCUGAGGGUCUCCACUGCAGCUGCUCCUCCAGAGCCUGGCCCGCCCCCUCCCUGCGCUGGUGGCUGGGGGAGGGGCUGCUCGAGAGGAACAGCAGCAACAACUCCUUCCAGGUCACCUCCAGCUCCUCAGGACCGUGGGCCAACAGCUCCCUGAUCCUCAGCAAGGAGUUCAGCGCUGGUCACAGACUCCGUUGUGAAGCUUGGAACGACAAUGAGGUUCAGAGUGCCACUAUGUUGCUGCUGCCAAGUCAAGAGGUCACAAAGGACAAACCAGAACCCAGUGUAGGAGUGCUCCAAGGGGCCGUGGGAGGAGCUGGUCUCAUGGCUGUCUGCCUCUGCCUCGUCUUCUUCAUCGUGAAGCUCCUCAGAAAGAAAUCAGCCCUGAAAGUAGCAAGCGUCGAAGGCAAUCCUGCUGGGAGCCCUGUCUCAAGCAUGAUUUCUGCUGGCAUUUUGGGUCACCUGAAUGCAUCAGGGUCACAAAACCAGAAAGAUCGGCCACCUUUUGUCACAGUCCUACACACUCUAGCGGAUGAGCCUGAACUUCACUAUGCCUCCCUCUCCUUCCAUAACCUGAAGCCCAGGCAGCCUCAGAACACGGAGACCAUCAAGUCUGAUUACACCGAGAUCAAGAUCCGCAAGUGCUGACACUCACUCCUUGCCCCAGGUGUCCCAGCACUGCCUGGAGUCCCAGGACGGCAUGGCUGAGGACAGCAUAAGUUAGGGGCAGAUUGUGAUUAUCAGUGGCUUUCUAAGGCAAGGGUUAUGAAGGGGCAGGAGGGAGUCUUAGGAGGAAUGAAGGUCACAGGGUUCCUGGGUUCAAGUCCAGAUUUAGUGUUAUUCCCACAGAAGCUGCCCUUCCUCAUGUGGCCUCUCUUCCUUCUCUGUAAAGUGGGGUCAUAUUCAUAAGGUGUGACAAGGAGAAAAUGCAAUGUUUAUUAUUAAUUGUAUUGCUUUAUGUUGCCUUGGCAGUGGGAGAAAAU